AUGGACUCCGGAGUGCGGAGACGAAUCUCAAGGGUCUGUGUCGCUCCAUCCCGGCGUGAUCCGCCUGAGCCGUUUCUGACUGGUCGCUUUCUUAUAGGCGUCGACCAAUAUGUCAAAUCCCUCAAAGCACGCCUGGUCAGGAUCGAGUCGUUGUUGAAGACUGCCGGCAUCCUGCGUGAGGGUGAUAUGAGUGAUGAUCUUUCUGGCGAUGAAGACGAUGGGAUCGAACAUUUAUCCAACACCUCGCCUGCAUCCCGUACAUCGUCGGAACGCGAAGGGUCAACUUUCCCCGGCGGUGGCGAUCUAGAAGCUACGUCGAUUUUCCGAGUAGACGAAAGAGAUGACUCGCGCUAUUUCGGGCGAUCUUGUUCCUUGUCGAUUCUCUCACAGGGAGGUAUUGAUUGGAUCAAAAGCAAGACCGGCGACGUGAGCUUUUUGCGCCUUAUCUCGCCUGAAUCGAUCCAUAGUAAUCCGUGGAAUCAAUGGCGACCGGAUGUGUUCCACGACCUGUUUGCCUCGCAGGUGUUCAAGUCUCUCCCGUCGAGAUCGGAGGUGUUCUCCUUGAUCAGGGACUUUUUCAAAACGGCCAACCGUUUAUUCCCGAUAUACAAUGAAAAUUCUUUCAUGAGGAUGGUCGAGUGGCAAUACACCCAGCAGACCUGUGACGACGCUGCUCGGUGGGCCAGUAUCAAUAUGGUCAUUUGUCUGGCAUACGAGUUCCGAUUCUCAAAUAGCUUGAAGCCGGAAAAAGAUCGAGACAAGGCCCAGCUAUAUUUCAAGAACGCCAUAUCGGUCUUCACCGAGCUUGCAUUGCGACGCACCGAUCUUUUAAGUGUGCAGGCAUUGCUUAGCAUGGGAUUCUACCUGCGUGGUAAUUCUGGCACCCAGUCAGCCUUACCGUUUAUCACCGCAGCUAUGCGCUCUUGUCAACGAAUGGGGCUGCAUCGUGAUAUCCCCAGGCCCGACCUGAGCCCGAUCGAGCAAGAGCAGAGAAGACGAGUGUUCUGGGUCGCAUUCACAGUUGAUCAAAGUACAUGCUUGAGAGCAGGAAACGCCCCGUCUCAGCACCCAGACGACUUCGAUGUUCCGCUCCCGCAAGAAACCGAAGAUGAUCAAGACCCGGAGAUGUCAAGCAACAUUCGGUUCUUUCGUCAGCUAUGCCGCAUGGCACUCAUCAAGAGCCGGAUUUACUCUCGAAUGUAUACUGCCAAGGCCCUUUUGAAACCACCGCUUGAAAUCUACCGAACAGUCAAGGAGCUGCAUGCAGAGCUCGAGAAUUGGAAGCGGGACUAUCCAUUCGAUACCGAGCCCCGACGAAAGGCCUCAGAAAAUGAUUUCCUGUUCGGGUUCGCGUCGAUUGGGCUUCAUUUCGUCUAUUAUAAUGCUCUGAUCAUGAUCCAUCGCAUUCCUCUCCUUCUCAAUUACCUUAUCUUAUCCCGGGACGAGACCAAUGACCUCAAGUCUCUCAGCAAAUCCCGCGCAUCAAAGUCGAGUGUCAUCUGUGUGCAAGCUGCUCGAGACACACUGAAACUCGUGAACAACAUGCCGUGGGGAGACAUUGCAUGGAUUUGGUCGCUUCUGUAUUACGUCUUCCUGUCGGCAGCAACAAUUUUUUCAAAUAUCAUUCGGGACACUCGCCAUCCGCAAGUGCGAGAAGACCUCCAGUCCCUCAACAUGGCCGCAACCUUCUUUGCCACCCUUGUUCCUGGUGACGGGCCCAACAACUAUGCAGGCUUUAUGACCCGCAUGAGCGCGACGUUGGAGCGCAUCGCCAGAAUUGCAGUCGAGAGAGACGAGAAACGGACCCGCGGCUCGGAUGAAAUCGAUAAAACAGAUCAGGAGCUUUGGCUACCAGGCGCCAAACGACAGAACUCUCGAGCGACGCCAACGGCUCAUCCGAAGCAGCGACACCGGCCCACCACCCUCCGCAAUUCCAUGACUCCCAAUUCUACCUCUACCCACGAUGCCCCCCACGAUGCCCCCCACGACGCCAUGCCCGCCGUCCAGCCUACCGUCGCAUCAAUAACAGCUCUGCCACCCCACCCAAUGGUCCUCGGCAUCCCCGACACCAUCGAAGGUCUUCCCCCAGUCAACUCCUCGGGCUACGUCGUCCCCAUGAGCCCAGGCGAUCCCAACGAAACCUUUACACCAUCCAUGUUCAACGGACCCAGCACAUCCACCACAAACGACUAUACAACCACUGCCACUACCAGCAACAACAACAGCAGCAGCAAUCUGGACCGCACAUUCCUCCACGAAGCAGCCGCCAGCAAUUUCUCCACACCCACCGUCCCCUCCUGGCCCCUAGCCCCAGACUACACAUCCUCCCCACUCGACAACACCACCACGCUAUCCCCAAACUCCUACCAAAACACCACAAACCCCACCACCACCAACGCAGCUGCUUUUGCCACGUUCCCCGACGAUAUCCCCGCACCAGACUUGUGGCAAAUCCCGCUGGCAGCAGACAUGGACUUUGGAAGCAACCUCUGGGCCGGCCUCUUCCCGACGGAAUACAAUAUCCCGCCGCAGCCACAGGACCCGUCCAUGCCCAUUCUCUCGGCGGAGUCGUUCCUCCACGGCGCUCCCAGCUCGGAAUCUAGUCGCAAUCCUGGGUUUGAUCCCGAGGGUCUGGGGUACGGGUUUGUGCCGCCGCAGCCUCAACCGUCACAUUCACAUUCCCAGUCCCAGUCCCAGUUCCAGACUCAGGCUCAGGCUCAGUCGGAAGACCAGACGCAAGCGAAUGACUCGGCUUGGCCUCAUGGUUUCCUGGGGUUGUUUUAG